AUGGAUGCAUUAGAGACAUGGGACGACGCAAACAAGGCAGCUAUCAUCGGACACAGCGGUGAGUGCCUAUGUCUAAAUGUUCAGCCCUUUCCACUUCUCUUUCUAAUAGUAAAGAAAUGAACAAAGCCUUUGAAGGUGAACAGUCUUUGUAGAUAAGUAGGUUUGAGAAUUUAACAUUUGACUUCCACUUUUUCGCAUGGUCUUUUCUAACACAAAGUUACCCAGCUUUCUUUGGCACGACUGUUCGAACAGACUUAGCGCGGACCGGAAGAAAGAACUCUCCAGGAAAAAGAAAGGCAGAGGGGUUUGUUUCAAGAUUAACUCAUGAUGGGAUUGUGGUAACGUACAGGAACUCACGUAUAAUGUCGACGUAUACACUGACUCAUGACUGGGUUCAUCAGGAAGUGCAUAGAGGAUGUUGUUCCACCUGUGACGAUUAGAACAUAUCCUAACCAAAAAACGUGGAUAGAUGGCAGCAUUCGCGCAAAGCUGAAAGCACAUACCACCGCAUUUAACCAUGGCAAGGUGACUGGGAACAUGGACGUGUACAAACAAACCAGCUACGACUGUGGUGGGGGCACGCGUAGACAAGAUGGCGUAUUGAAUAGAAAGCGCCUCAAGAUAAAAACAUAAUAUUCAAAAUCAGUAAGUUAGACUAAAUAUUAGCAUUUCAUAUAUUCACAGUUAAUAUAAUUCAAUCUGGAUAAUAACACAAAACAGAUCAUAAGGCUAGAGAAAUAUAUCGACAAAUAUUACAACAACACACAACACCCAAACAUGACUGAAGAUAAGCGUGGAGAGCCGAUCCCCAAAAGGAAACGCGACUCAUCGACUGAUACAGAUGAUAUAUGCUUUUCAUCACUGGGUAUGGUAAGUGUGGAAAGCGACCUGUUGAAGUCGAUAAAUGACAAAUUGGGCAUACUAGAAUUGGUCAGUAAAGACGUAAAAGAGUUGAAAGCGAGUCUUCAAAUGAGUGACGAAAAAGCUUUGGUAAUGGAGAAAGAAACCAAAAAAUUUAAAGUGACAGUCUCUAAAAUGGAAACGGACGUUAGGGAACUAAAAAAGGAGAAGAACCUUCUGAGAGAAGCCUUACUAGACAUCCAAACUAGAUCGAUGAGGGAAAAUAUAGUACUUACGGGUAUUCAGGAAAAGGAGGGAGAAAUAACAGAGAAUAUUAUGAAGGACUUCCUGCAUACAGUGCUACAAAUCCCAUUCGAGGCUGUCGAUAAAAUCCAACUCGAACGUGUACACCGUUUCGGAAAAAGAGGACAGAAAUAUGAGCGCCCAAUCAUUGCCAAAUUUGCUUUUUUUAAGGAUAAAGCUAUGGUGAAAAGCCUAGGAAAAAGACUUGCUGGCACGAAAAUAGGCAUGAAUGAUCAGUUCCCGAGGGAGAUUGUAGAAAGGCGCAAAGUUCUGUAUCCAAUCUUCAAGGAAAACAGAUUAAAAGGGAAACGUGUUGCACUCGUGGUGGAUAAACUAUAUAUUGACAACCAAAUGUUCAGAGACACAAAGACUACUCCAUGGCUAUUCUAAAAGUUGUAAUAGAGGAGUCGAUUAUUGGAGCACCUGAUACUAGCAAUGAUAGGGAUUGUAAUAUUAAAUAACAUUUAUAGUAAGUAUAGUAUUUUAUAAAAGGAUCAAACGUAUAAUACAUCUUUAAAUACAAAUAAUUAGAACAUGGCUUUUUUGGCGGGAGGUUGUUGUGGUUGGUCCUGUGUUCUCUCUGGCGUCCUUUCUCCCUUGCGGCAGAUGUGGAUGCGGGUGCAUUUUUGUGUUUGAAAAGGUGCGGCGUUAAGUGAGUGAGAGGGGAAAUGGUUGCAUAUCCCAGAGCCGACCGGGGGUCUAUGAGCAGGGGUAGUGAGAGAGAGCUUUCAGUUUUGUGUAGAUGAGGGAUAUACAUUUUUAAAUAUAGUAUACAUCUAAUCAAAUUUUUCAUUGUCCUAUCAUGAUGGAAAGAUCCCUAACCCUAUAACCUGGAUUAUUUUAAACAUGUUAUUGGACCAUAAACAGAUAUGGCUCAUUAACCUUUACGGACCAAAUAAUGAUGAUCCACAAUUCUUUGACAAAAUAUAUAAUAAAUGAUCAACCCUGCAAGCAAUUCAAGACACUAUUAUUAUGGUGGGGGAUUAUAAUACUGUUUUAAAUAGCUCAAUGGACCGUAAAUGAAAUCACACCACAAACAAUCACCCACAUGCUCUUAAGGAAAUUGUGAAUGUCAACUAGUAGAUAUAUGGAGGCUUAAAUAUACUGAUCUAGUGAGAUAUACAUGGCGGAGACUGAAUCAAGCUAGUCGUCUUGACUUCUUUCUUAUCUCAUUCUCGUUGGCACCAAAAGUAAAAAAAGUGUUGAUAGGGGACAGAAUGCGGUCGGACCAUCAUAUAAUAGGCAUAUACAUUACUCUUACUGAAUUUCCAUGUGGGCGAGGCUAUUGGAUGAUAAUUUAUUUAUAAUUAGAACAAAGGAAUUUAUAACUGACUUUUUCCAACAUAACAUAGGUACAGCGAAUCCCCUUAUUGUAUGGGACACCUUUAAAUGUGCCUUUAGAGGCGAUGCAAUUCAGUACUCAUCUCGAAAACAAAAGCAAUUUAGGUCAAAAGAGUUUAUACUAAGAAAGGAAAUAGAAAGUCUAACAGAACAGAUAGAUGGCAAUAAAAACUGUAACAUAGAGGCUCAGAAUAAAUUAGAGGAAAAACAAAAAGAAAUGGAGAAACUUAUUCAGAAAGAUCAAGUGUAAUAUAUUAUAAAAAUAAAGCAAACUGGAUGGAAUAUGGGGAAAAAUGCACAAAAUUCUUUUUUAAUCUUCAACAUAGGAAUGCUACCAAAAAUAACUUAAUGAAACUGGUUACAAUUGACGGAGUCACCCAUAAUUCAGCAAAUUAUAUUUUGAAGGAAGAAAUAAAGUACUUUAAGCAUAUGUUUUCUUUUCAGUCGCCUCCAUCUCCUCUAACUGAAGCUAAUUGUAGAGAUGUUUUUUUCUAUUGAUAAUGUCAAAUUAACAGCCACACAGAAAGACUCAUGUGAAGGUGAAAUUACAGAGGAGGAACUUCUGGAUGCAAUUAAAGACUUUAAGUCUGGGAAAACCCAAGGGUUGGAUGGCAUACCAGUCGAGGUAUACCAAACCUUUUUUGAUAUACUAAGAGGACCGUUAUUAGCAUGUUUUAACCACUCCUAUGUAAAUGGUAGAUUAUCUGACACUCAAGAAGAAGGUCUGAUCUCAUUAUUACUGAAACAGGAUACAAGUGGAAAAUAUAAAGAUCCAGUCCAUUUACAAAAUUGGAGGCCCCUUACACUUCAGUGUUGUGAUGCAAAAAUCCUAGCAAAAUGUAUAGCAUAUAGAAUUAAAAAGGUAUUGUCGGAUAUUAUUCAUUCUAAUCAGACAGGUUUUUUACAUGGAAGAUACAUUGGAGAUAAUAUAAGACAAGUAUUGGAAACAAUAUAACACUAUGGAAAAUAUGGGAAACCAGGCCUGCUAUUCAUAGCAGACUUCGAAAAGGCAUUUGAUAAAGUUCGACUGGGGUUUAUAUAUAAAUGCCUGGAGCAUUUCAAUUUUGGAGAAUAUCUUAUAAAAUGGGUCAAAAUCAUGUAUAGUAACCCUAGGUGUAAAAUAGUAAAUAAUGGCUAUUUCUCAGAAAGUUUUAAACUGUCAAGAGGAGUGAAACAAGGUUGUCCACUAUCGGCAUAUCUAUUUAUUGUGGCCAUCGAGAUGUUAGCUAUUAAAAUCAGAUCCAAUAAUAAUAUCAGAGGAUUAGAAAUCCAGGGCUUAAAAACAAAGGUGUCAUAGUAUGCUGAUGAUUCAUGUUUUCUUUUAAAUCCACAACUAGAAUCCCUCCACAGCCUCAUAGAGGAUCUAGAUACAUUUUCUAACCUCUCUGGAUUACAACCAAAUUAUGACAAAUGUACUAUAUUAUGUAUUGGAUCACUAAAAAAUACAAUUUUUACAUUACCAUGUAGUUUACCAAUAAAAUGGUCUGAUGGUGAUGUGGAUAUACUCGGAAUACAUAUCCCAAAGGAAAUAAAUGAUCUCACUUCAAUGAAUUUUAAUAGAAAGUUAGCAAAAAUAGAUAAGAUCUUACUACCAUGGAAAGGAAAAUACCUUUCUAUUUGUGGAAAAAUCACCCUGAUUAACUCUUUAGUAUUAUCCCAGUUUACCUAUUUGCUUAUGGUCUUGCCUACGCCUAGCGAACAGUUUUUUAAAUUAUAUGAGAAAAAAACAUUCAAUUUUAUUUGGAACGGCAAGCCAGACAAAAUUAAAAGGGCAUAUUUAUAUAAUGAAUAUGAACACUGGCAAGUGUCUUUAUUAAAUAUUAAAGCAUUAGACCUAUCACUAAAAGCUUCAGUCAUACAAAAGUUAUACUUAAACCCGAACUGGUUCUCAAGCAAAUUAGUAAGAUUGUCUCACCCAAUGUUCAAGAAUGGCCUUUUUCCCUUUAUUCAGAUUACAACAACUCAUUUGCAGUUAUUUGAAAAGGAAAUAAUCUCCCAAAUAUCACUAUUUCUAAAACAAGCCAUAGAAAGUUGGUUGCAAUUUCAAUUUAAUCCUCCAGAAACGACAGAAUGUUUAAAAAAGGUAUAAUCUUCGUAAAUGAUAUCAUCGGUCGGACUGGUGGAGUUAUGUCGCACAUGCAGCUAACAAAAACAUAUGGAAAUGUCUGCUCUACCCAAAAUUACAACCAAAUAAUUGCAGCCUUACCGCAAAAGUGGAAGAGGAAAGUGGAAGGGGGAGAAAGUAAGGAACUUGUCUGUCGGCCUUGCAUUAAAGAACAUAAUUGGUUAAGGAAAACUGUGAUAAAUAAAAAAAGUAUAUCAGUUUCAUCACUUAAGGACCAAAGGAUUGACAGCCGUCCCAUAUAGAUUGCAAAAUAGUUGGAAAGAGAUCUUUGACGUACCGAUCCCAUGGCAUAGUGUUUAUGAACUGACACGCAAAACGACACCGGAUUCAAAAAUUAGAAUCUUUCAAUUAAAAUUAUUAUAUAAAAUUCUUGCUACCAAUAGAAUGUUAUUUAUAUGGGGAUACAAUCUUCCCAGCUCUGCAGAUUUUGCUGUUAAGAGACAGAAUCAUUAGAUCAUUUUUGUUUUGGUUCUGUCCAUUUGUAGCUUGUUUUUGGACACAGGUCCAGGAAUGGCUAAAGGAUUACAAUAUUUACCUGGAGCUAACUUUGCAGAUAGCAUUACUGGGUGAUCUGAAAAGUCAUAGUCAAUCGAUCAAUAAUAUAAUAAUACUUUUAGCAAAAAUGUUUAUUUUUUAUUCACAAUCUGUAGAAGCAAUGAGAAUAGAAAGGUUCAAAACUUUUGUAAAACAUCACAGUACGGUUGAAAUAUAUAUGGCAAAUAGAAAUCCUAUAUGGAUGGUGUUAAGAGAUAGAUGGGAGCUAUUGAAUAGAGUUGAAGGAUGGGACUAAUAACAAAUAACAACAAAUAAUAACAAAGAUAGCUAAUAAUGUAAGCAUACUGUGUCCAUAAUAAGUAUAUACAGUGGGGGAAAAAAGUAUUUAGUCAGCCACCAAUUGUGCAAGUUCUCCCACUUAAAAAGAUGAGAGAGGCCUGUAAUUUUCAUCAUAGGUACACGUCAACUACGACAGACAAAUUGAGGGGAAACAAUCCAGAAAAUCACAUUGUAGGAUUUUUAAUGAAUUUAUUUGCAAAUUAUGGUGGAAAAUAAGUAUUUGGUCACCUACAAACAAGCAAGAUUUCUGGCUCUCACAGACCUGUUACUUCUUCUUUAAGAGGCUCCUCUGUCCUCCACUCGUUACCUGUAUUAAUGGCACCUGUUUGAACUUGUUAUCAGUAUAAAAGACACCUGUCCACAACCUCAAACAGUCACACUCCAAACUCCACUAUGGCCAAGACCAAAGAGCUGUCAAAGGACACCAGAAACAAAAUUGUAGACCUGCACCAGGCUGGGAAGACUGAAUCUGCAAUAGGUAAGCAGCUUGGUUUGAAGAAAUCAACUGUGGGAGCAAUUAUUAGGAAAUGGAAGACAUACAAGACCACUGAUAAUCUCCCUCGAUCUGGGGCUCUAUGCAAGAUCUCACCCCGUGGGGUCAAAAUGAUCACAAGAACGGUGAGCAAAAAUCCCAGAACCACACGGGGGGACCUAGUGAAUGACCUGCAGAGAGCUGGGACCAAAGUAACAAAGCCUACCAUCAGUAACACACUACGCCGCCAGGGACUCAAAUCCUGCAGUGCCAGACGUGUCCCCCUGCUUAAGCCAGUACAUGUCCAGGCCCAUCUGAAGUUUGCUAGAGUGCAUUUGGAUGAUCCAGAAGAGGAUUGGGAGAAUGUCAUAUGGUCAGAUGAAACCAAAAUAUAACUUUUUGGUAAAAACUCAACUCGUCGUGUUUGGAGGACAAAGAAUGCUGAGUUGCAUCCAAAGAACACCAUACCUACUGUGAAGCAUGGGGGUGGAAACAUCAUGCUUUGGGGCUGUUUUUCUGCAAAGGGACCAGGACGACUGAUCCGUGUAAAGGAAAGAAUGAAUGGGUCCAUGUAUCGUGAGAUUUUGAGUGAAAACCUCCUUCCAUCAGCAAGGGCAUUGAAGAUGAAACGUGGCUGGGUCUUUCAGCAUGACAAUGAUCCCAAACACACCGCCCGGGCAACGAAGGAGUGGCUUCGUAAGAAGCAUUUCAAGGUCCUGGAGUGGCCUAGCCAGUCUCCAGAUCUCAACCCCAUAGAAAAUCUUUGGAGGGAGUUGAAAGUCUGUGUUGCCCAGCGACAGCCCCAAAACAUCACUGCUCUAGAGGAGAUCUGCAUGGAGGAAUGGGCCAAAAUACUAGCAACAGUGUGUGAAAACCUUGUGAAGACUUACAGAAAACGUUUGUGUCAUUGCCAACAAAGGGUAUAUAACAAAGUAUUGAGAAACUUUUGUUAUUGACCAAAUACUUAUUUUCCACCAUAAUUUGCAAAUAAAUUCAUAAAAAAUCCUACAAUGUGAUUUUCUGGAUUUUUUUUCUCAUUUUGUCUGUCAUAGUUGACGUGUACCUAUGAUGAAAAUUACAGGCCUCUCUCAUCUUUUUAAGUGGGAGAACUUGCACAAUUGGUGGCUGACUAAAUACAUUUUUUCCCCACUGUAGGUUGUAUGUUGGGAGCUUUUGGGAAAGAGCACAGUUAGAAAGAUAUGGCAUAUAGAAGCAAACCGGAUGGACAUCAUGAAAAUGAUCGGAGAGGUUGAGAGUAGAAGAAGUUCAGGAGCAAAACAUUUUUUUAUAUAUAUAUAGAAUAUAAUUAUUGUAAAAUUAACUGUGUCCAUAUGGUGUAGAAAGUAAGUAUAGACCGGAAGUAGAGGCCUGGGCAUUGUUGUUCAAUAAUUUACUCCAAGUAGGGAAAGGAUGGCAGGGUUGAAAAGUAAUAAAGGGGAGUAUAUAUAUAAAAAACAUGGGGGAUUGGAAGUGAUGCAGACAAUUACAUUGAUAGAAGAUACAAUCUAUCUGCAAUAUUAAGCUGAUCCACCCCCCCCCCCCCCCCCAAAAAAAAAAAAAAAAAAAAACAAACAAAAAAAACAGCUACGACCUCCGUAAGGCAAUCAAAGAGGCAAAAUGACAGUACAGAUACAAAGUGGAGUCGCAAUUCAAUGGCUCAGACAGGAGACGUACACUACCGGUCAAAAGUUUUAGAACACCUACUCAUUCAAGAGUUUUUCUUUAUUUUUACUAUUUUCUACAUUGUAGAAUAAUAGUGAAGACAUCAAAACUAUGAAAUAACACAUUUUUGGUUACUAGCCAGCCACAUGGCUGGGCGAUAUGGCCAAAAUAUAAUUUCACUUUAUUUUUUUUAAACAUUGGACGGUAUGACAGUAAAGUUCUAAAUGUUCUUCAUGAGUAGUGUGUGACCCUAGGGUGGCAACAAUUACAUUAUAUGUGAUUUCAAAUGGGUCUUUCUCCAUUCUGAUUGUUUUAUACUGUUCAAUUGAACUUAAACCCAAUUUUCUGCAUUUUCAUAAAUUUCUGCAUUUCCUGCACUCAUUUGAGAUCAUUUCCACACUGCCACUUACGGCUGCACGAUAUUGGCAAACAAUCUAGGCCCAAUUUUUAACCAAAUGUUGCAAUUGCGAUUUGACUUGUGAUUUAGAGCAAAAUACUUGGGUGAACUGUUGGAAUCAUGGAAAUAGAAUGAUUAUUCUAAUUCUAUAGUUAGAAUAUAAUAGUGGGCAAUUUGAAUAGUGUUGUUUGACAUGACAACAAAUAAAAAUGCCAGGGAGGAGUUUUUGUGACAGUGUAGGAACCAAAGUGUUGACAAGUGUUUCCUAGGCUAGGGGACCCUAUAAUCUUUGGCUACAUUGAAUGUUUUCUCUUAGCUACUUCAUGUAGCUAACAUAUUCUUGCUUUGGGUAUUCCUCUUUGAUUUAGAAGAUACUGUGGCACAAACAACAUGCUGAUUUAGGUCAACACCAUCACUGGUAAUAUCAGGCUGUAUAGCUAAUUACGUUUUCUCCGACUCAGUCCAUUUAUUAGCUAGCUAGCGAUUAGCAUUAGUGGCUAACAAUUAGCGGCUUACAAGAUUUAGGCCCAACUUGCUAAGACAAGAAAAACUAGCUGUUUGCAGAUGUAAGAAACACGAACUAAUAGUGUAAUUAUAGAACACUAUUGGAUUUAUAUUACGAAGCAAAGUGAAAACAGCAUCGUUGUCAUCAACAUUGUUGCAUGCGCUGCAUUGACCAUGCAGACUGAAUGCAAGUGUCUCGUGGUCGAGGAACAACAAAUGUGCUCCUUGAGUAACAGGGGGCAGGGCUAGGUCUGUGUGGAAAGUGGCAUGGAGAGAGAGCUGAGAGAGAUGACUGAAGUAGCAAAGUAUACUAUAAAAAUGGACAUUACACACGCCGUAUCACAUUUAACAAACCAAACAUUCAAAUACCGUUAUAGAAGGUAAAGUAAAAACCCAAACCGGUCCGUGCAUCAAUACCGGUAUAUUGUAAAAUAUAUCUAUGCAUAGUCACUUUAAUAACUCUACCUACAUGUACAUAUUACCUCAAUUACCUUGACUAACCGAUGCCCCCGCACAUUGACUCAGUAUCGGUACCCCCUGUAUAUAGCCUCACUAGUGUUAUUUUUACUGCUGCUCUUUAAUUAUUUGUUACUUUUAUUUCAUAUUAUUUCAUAUUGUAUUUUUUUGUGUGAUUUUUUUUGGUAUUCUUUCUUAAAACUGCAUUGUUGGUUAAGGACUUGUAAGUAAGCAUUUCACCUGUUGUAUUCGGCGCAUGUGACAAAUACAAUUGGAUUUGAUUUAAUUUAAAUGAUUAUCGUACUUCUGUCAUCAUGAAGUGCUUUGAGAGUCUAGUUAAGGACCAUAUCACCUCCACCGACACCCUUGACCCACUACAAUUCGCAUAUCGCCCCAACAGAUCCACGGACGACACAGUCACCAUUGCACUGCACACUGCCCUAUCCCACCUGGAAAAGAGAAAUACCUAUGAGAAAUACCUAUGUAAGAACGCUGUUCAUCGACUACAGCUCAGCCUUCAACACCAUAGUGCCCUCCAAGCUCAUCACUAAGCUCAGGGCCCUGGGUCUGAACCCCUUCUUGUGCAACUUGGUCCUGGACUUCCUGACGGGGCGACCCAAAGUGGUGAAAGUAGGUAACAACACCUCUGCUACGCUGAUCCUCAACAAAGGGGCCCCACAGGGGUGCAUGCUCAGCCCCCUCCUGUACUCCCUGUUCACCCAUGACUGUGUGGUCAACUCAAUCAUCAAGUUUGCUGAAGACACAACAGAGGUAGGCCUGAUUGUCAACAACGAUUUUUAAGCAGGUCAACAUUCACAAGGCCGCAGGGCCAGACGGAUUACCAGGACGUGUACUCCGAGCAUGUGCUGACCAACUGGCAAGUGUCUUCACUGACAUUUUCAACAUGUCCCUGACUGAGUCUGUAAUACCAACAUGUUUCAAACAGACCACCAUAGUCCCUGUGCCCAAGGACUCUAAGAUAACCUGCCUAAAUGACUACCGACCCGUAGCACUGACGUCUGUAGCCAUGAAGUGCUUUGAAAGGCUGGUCAUGGCUCACAUCAACACCAUUAUCCCAGAAACCCUAGACCCACUCCAAUUUGCAUACCGCCCCAACUCACCCACUGGUGAGCCAGGCCCAGCCAAUCAGAAUUAGUUUUUCCCCACAAAUGGGCUUUAUUACAGACAGAAAUACUCCUCAGCACCCUCCUUAGAUGAUCCCGCAGGUGAAGAAGCCGGAUGUGGAGGUCCUGGGCUGGCGUGGUUACACGUGGUCUGUGGUUGUGAGGCUGGUUGGAUGUACUGGCAAAUUCUUUAAAACGACGUUGGAGGUGACUUAUGGUAGAAAAAUUAACAUUAAAUUAUCUGGCAACAGCUCUGUUGGACAUUCCUGCAGUCAGCAUGCCAAUUGCAAGCUCCUUCAAAAUUUGAGAGAAAUAAGCUUUUGUGCGUAUGGAACAUUUCUGGGAUGUUUUAUUUCAGCUAAUGAAACAUGGGACCAACACUUUACAUGUUGCGUUUAUAUUUUUGUUCAGUAUUCUAGUCAUGGCUCAUCGUAUAUUACUUAUUUUUUUAUUUUUCGGAUUAUGUGUGUUUUUUAAAUGUAUUGCUAUAUGUGCAAAACUGUCAUCAAGGCAAAGGGUGGCUAUUUGAAGAAUAUCAAAUAUAAAAUAUAUUUAGAUUUGUUUAACCCUUUUUUGGUUACUACAUGAUUCCAUAUGUGUUAUUUCAUAGUUUUGAUGUCUUCACUAUUAUUCUAUAAUGUAAAAAAUAGUAAAAAAUAAAGGAAAACCCUUGAAUGAGUAGGUGUGUCCAAAGUUUUGACUGUUACUGUGUAUUUUUAUGAAAACCUUGCCCUGCCUGUGUUCGCUGAGAGCCCUGUUGCAUCACAGCGUGAUGCUUAGAGCUACUCAGACGCUGUUAGAGACUACGUGUGUUUACAGUUUUCAGGGACGAUGCUAAUUUGUAAAUCAACAGUGUUUUAACUGCUCUGUUUUGACGGCUCUGAUUACACAUUUUAAAUGUGUCAUCAUACAUACAUACACAAAGUGCUCUGCCAGCAACAAAAAUGUAGACAAUAGCUGCAUUCACUAGUACAAGUGCAUGUGUGUGUUUGUGUGGGCAGGCGGGCAGGCAUGUACUGAAUGCAUACUGUACGUGCCUGUUUGUGUGUAUGUGGGUGUGUACCUUUCUGUACUGUGUGCAUGACAAACCUGUGACUGCUCUCUCUCUCUCUCAGCAUCACUUUGCUUGCCAGACAUAUUUACGCCUCAGCCACCAGUGACAUAAACACACAGCGAGUCCUACCCAAUUGAUCUCCUCCAGACACCCUCUCCAAUUUUUCAUAUAAUGCUCAUUUUCUACCUCAUUAUAGAAACCAAUGCAAAGCUGUCCAAAUGAAUUGCAGUUACAACGCCCUUUCCUGCACAUCUCUCUGUUUCUUUCUCGCUCUCACACUCUUUUUGUCUCACUUACUCUCUCUCUUCCUCGCUCCCACCAGUCUGUGUUGCUUCAAAGGGCCUCAUCGCCCCGACGCAUCAGGCAUUUGCUUAGAGAAAAUUAAGUGGACCUUUCAGGAGCAGUCAUCCUGAGAAACAGAUGGGCUUCGACAAGAGUUACAUCUCUAUAUUGACAAAUUAACAUGCUCCGGUUGGAAAGGCAAUGUCUGCGUGGGGGGACACUACCUGACUGAGACAAUUCCCCCCCCCCCCCCCCCAAAAAAAAGAGAGAGAGAGAGAGGAGAGAGAGAGAGAGAGAGAGAGAGAGAGAGAGAGAGAGAGAGAGAAAGAGAGAAUGGAGCAGAAAACCUCCCAGCCUUGCUUUGGCAAUGUAAACACGUUUCCCAUGCCAAUAAAGAGAGAAACUGGUGAGAGCCUGUGCCAUACUUGUAAGGUCUAAGCAGGAAUGCAAAGCUGAAAAUCGAACAGGGCUACGUGUGCACUACUUCCUGAUCUAAUUGCUGUGAAGUUAGCUGAGGACCCUGGCUGUUGUAAAGCUGUAGCAGCCCGUUCGCUGCCUCCCUUUUUGAUUAUGUGCGACUGGUCUUGACUGCUGAUGCUCGUCAGUGGCCAACAACUUGACUUUAAGACAAUCAGAGAGCACGAACCCCCACUUGGAGGAGCCAACAAAAAAAAAUAUAGAAAAUAAGAGGGCAUUUACACUUCAUACGCAAUGUAGGCUAUGGGAUGGUAGCUAGCUAAGAGCACAGACACAAUGCACACAACACUAAAUCCUUCCUCCAAGCUAGCUAACCACUGUAGCUAGUAUUGACAUUAUAAUUAAAUCACAAUGGAGUAGCUAGUUUCCAUGAAACAGCUGCCUGUGUUAGCUGCUGCGUUAGUGCAGUGUCUUAGCUGUCUAGCUAGCUAUUACAUUUACAUUUUAGUCAUUUAGCAGACGCUCUUAUCCAGAGCGACUUACAGGAGCAAUUAGGGUUAAGUGCCUUGCUCAAGGGCACAUCGACAGAUUUUUCACCUAGUCGGCUCGGGGAUUAGAACCAGCGACCUUUCGGUUACUGGCACAACACUCUUAACCGCUAAGCUACCUGCCGCCCCAGCUAUGUUGUGCAAGCUAGCAAAUAUGCUCAUGUUAGCUAGCUAGCUAAACAUUUGGCUAUGGGCUGGCACUGGCAGUAUGUGAUUAUGGACAUUGAAUUAAAUGGUUUCUUCGUCAUCUUGCUAGGUAGUUAGCUGUGGCCAUCUGGCUAGCAUCUACAAGGGCUUUCUACAAAAUAGAUACAGCUCAGACAGCUUGGAAUCUAGACCAUAAGCAAUACGAAUGGAUAUGCAUUGCCAAACAACGCUGCUGCCACGUUCUGGUUUGGAGUAUUUUAACAAGGCUGAGUGGCUGACGACUUCAAGGACUUUGCUGUGUGAACACAAAAGAGAUUGACUGCCAACACUGUUCAGAGGUGCUAAGUACUGUCGGUAGGCAAACUUUGACAAUCCUACUGGUGUGUCUGAGCUUUAAGAGAACAUUUAUCCUACAUUUUUUGUCAGUUGGUCAUGUUGUUACUUUUUUUCCUGGGGAGACAGUUGUCAAUGAUUAAAAUUACUUGAUUUUAUAGUCAUUCCUGUAUGUCCCAAAUAUAGUUGAUCGGCAAUGCUGUCAGCACACAGAGUCCCUAUAUAUAGGUGUCUCAUUCAGUACUGCAGAAACCUUAGUCUCCCUGAGGAGAACAAAUCAGUAACCCUGUUCAUCCCCGUCUCUCUCCUGUUGCAGUGUGUUGUUUGAUGACGAUCUCUCCCCUCGGCCCCACGCUUCCAAGGGGAAGAAGAAGAGGAGGAAAUCGGAGCGAAAGAGGAAGAGGAAAAGGUCAGUUCAUGAAUGAAACCAGCACUCUGGUGGCCUGGUGCGAUGGGUCUUCAAACUGUUCUCUGAGCAAAUUGAAAUCGUAGACAGCACACAGAGAGAGAGGGAAAUUAUUGGCUUUGAUAGAAGAGAAGCCACUGCUUUUAGAUAAUGGUGUGUGUGUGUGGUCAUAAUGUUUUUUGGUGGUUUCUGUCAUAGGUCUCCGUACUAUAGUCUGUCUCCAGUGAGGAAGAAGAAAAAGAAGAAGAAGAAGAGCUCCAAGAAAAGCAAACGCCACGGGUAGCUACUUCCUAUAUCAUGUUAUAAUGUGAAACUCAACAGGUAGCUACUUCCUGAAUCAUGUCAUAAUAUGAAACUCCACAGGUAACUAUUUCCUGUAUCAUGUCAUAAUGUGAAACGCCACAGGUAGCUACUUCCUGUAUUAUGUCAUAAUAUGAAACGCCACAGGUAGCUACUUCCUGUAUCAUGUCAUAAUGUGAAACGCCACAGGUAGCUACUUCCUGUAUCCUGUCAUAAUGUGAAACACCACAGGUAGCUACUUCCUGUAUCAUGUCAUAAUGUGAAACAUCACCAAGAUCAGUAUUGAAAUGAGUUACUUUGACGAUAAUGUCUUUCACCAGAAGACACCAUAUGGGUCUGACUCGCAAGAUUACUUUGGCAAUAACUCAAAAAUAUAUUAUAGACUUUAUAUUAUACUCCAACCGAUCUAUUACAUCACUACUGUAUGACGUUGGAGAGCAGUGGCUGAGUUAGUUUUAAUAGCAGGCCUCUCCUGAGAACUAGUGAAAGUGUCAGCAACAACAAUAACCAAUUUGUUUUUAUUUUCCAGGUACACCUCUAAAAAGACAAAGCACAGCUCUUCUAGUUUGAAACAUAAGAGGAAGGAUGAUCGAAAACACAAGAAAAGGUUGGUCAAUGUGAUUUUUCAUCAAUUCAGGAACAUAUAUAUUUCAAUCAUUGUACAUUUGCAAGCACAGGACAUUUUCCACAGCCCAAUCUCUCUUCUAGCUAUCCUUCUCCCUCUCCUGCUGGUCUAAGCCAGUGGUUCCCAACCAGGGGUACUAGGACCCAUGGGGGUACUUGGCCUAUCCACAGGGGGUACUUGAGAAGCCUCAUGAGACCAUAGGCCUACUGGUAAAAUACACAUGAGGGGGUACUUCAGGGAGACUCCGGGCAGAGCAGAAUUCAGUUGGUGGUACAGUAAACGAAAAAGGUUGGGAACCACUGUAGUAACCUCUUCUCGCUUAUUUCUCUUAUAGGAGAGGAGAAGGCAAGAGGAGAAGGAGAAGAGAGGAGAGGAGAGGAGAGGAGAGGAGAGGAGAGGAGAGGAGAGGAGAGAGACAGGAGAGGAGAGGAGAGGAGGGAGAGGAUAGGAGAGGAGAAGGAUAGGAGGGAGUGGAGGAUAUGUAUAGGAUAGGAGAGGAGGGAGUAGGGGCGUAGUCUCGUCUCUUCUCGACUAUCCUAUCAUAUAAGAACUCUCCAUCCUCUCCUCUCUCCAAUCCUCUCUUUCCUCUCUCUCGUCUCGUCUCCUCUCUCUGCCUUUCUGUCUCCUUUUUUCUCUUCUCCUCCCUCGUCGUCCUUUUCCCACUACUUUGUCUUCUUUAUAUAAAAAUAUAUAUUGAUUUAAUUUGGUGCCAGUUAUCAGGGAAGUAGUAUAUACAGGUAUAGGGGUAAGCAAGUCCAAUAUCCAUCAUGACAACGUUUGGCUAUUUCUCCCUCACUAAGAAGAUCCUCCUCCCCUCGUUUACUCUUCCAGCUCACAGAGCCACAUGCACCGGAGACGACGCUACCGGAGGUCGGAGUCUGAGAGUUCCACCUUGCGCUCCUCCAGCACCGAGAGCAGGUAAGGCCCAGCCACUGAGACGCGCGCACACACACACACACACACACACACACACACACACACACACACACACACACACACACACACAGCGACGGAAACCCCCAUUUAUCUUUUCAGCCCCGGGCAUCUGGACCGAUCUGGUCUGGACUAGUCUGGUCUUGUCACGCCACAGUGGUGACUGAUAGGCCAGUGGUGACUGAUGGGCCAGAGGUGACUGAUGGGCCAGAGGUGACUGAUAGGCCAGAGCUGACUGAUAGUCCAGUGGUGAGUGUGUGAUCACAGGAACGAUUAACAGUUGUAGUGGUAGCCCUCCUAUCACAGCUUCAUAGGAAACGCUGUCCACAGAUCGAUGCACCCUCAAUUAGAAUGACAUACAGUGCCUUGCAAAAGUAUUCAUCCUCCUGUGUGCAAUAGGCGUUUUUCCUAUUUUGUAGUCCACCUGUGUGCAAUCUAAGUGCCACAUGAUCUCAGUAUAUAUACACCUGUUCUGAAAGGCCCCAGUCUGCAACACCACUAAGCAAGGGGCACCACCAAGGAGGGCAUUAAUCAGAGAGGCAACAAAGAGACCAAAGAUAACCCUGAAAGAGCUGCAAAGCUCCACAGCGGAGAUUGGAGUAUCUGUCCAUAGGACCACUUUAAGCUGUACGCUCCACAGAGCUGUGCUUUACUGAAGAGUGGCCAGAAAAAAGCCAUUGCUUGAAGAAAAAAAUAAGCAAACACGUUUGGUGUUCGCCAAAUGCCAUGUGGGAGACUCCCCAAACAUAUGGAAGAAGGUACUCUGGUCAGAUGAGACUAAAAUUGAGCUUUUUGGCCAUCAAGGAAAACGCUAUGUCUGGCACAAAUCCAACACCUCUCAUCACCCCGAGAACACCAUCCCCACAGUGAAGCAUGGUGGUGGCAGCAUCAUGCUGUGGGGAUAUUUUUAAUCGGCAGGGACUGAGGAACUGGUCAGAAUUGAAGGAAUGAUGAAUGGCGCUAAAUACAGGGAAAUUCUUGAGGGAAACCUGUUUCAGUCUUCCAGAGAUUUGAGACUGGGACGGAGGUUCACCUUCCAGCAGGACAAUGACCCUAAGCAUACUGUUAAAGCAACACUCAAGUGGUUUAAGGAGAAACAGUUAAAUGUCUUGGAAUGGCCUAGUCAAAGCCCAAACCUCAAUCCAAUUGAGAAUGUGUGGUAUGACUUAAAGAUUGCUGUACAUCAGCGGAACCCAUCCAACUUGAAGGAGCUGGAGCAGUUUUGCCUUGAAGAAUGGGCAGAAAUCCCAGUGGCUAGAUGUGCCAAGCUUAUAGAGACAUACCCCAAGAGACUUGCAGCUGCAAUUGCUGCAAAAGGUGGCUCUACAAAGUAUUGACUUUGGGAGGGUGAAUAGUUAUGCACGCUCAAGUUUUCUGUUUUUUUUGUCUUAUUUCUUGUUUGUUUCACAAUAACACAUAUUUUGCAUCUUCAAAGUGGUAGGCAUGUUGUGUAAAUCAAAUGAUACAAACUCCAAAAAAAAUUUUUAUUCCAGGUUGUAAGGCAACAAAAUAGGAAAAAUGCCAAGGGGGGUGAAUACUUCCGCAAGCCACCUUAUGGCCAGAACAAUGCGAUCUGGCUCUUUUUGCAGUGUCACAGAUAUAGUUUGAUGGAUUUUGUGUUUAAUUUUUUGAGUCAGUCUGGACUAGAGUUAGGAUUUGAGGUGAUGGGUUAGGUUAGGUUAAAUUAGGUUAUGUACUAAAUCCAUUGGGCCAGCAGUUAAGUUUCUGCAAAACUAUUCCAUUAGAUAAUCCUUCUCUAAGAUUCAAUAUGCAUUCUGACAACGUAGUCCCGUGUAGCUCAGUUGGUAGAGCAUGGCGCCUGCAACGCCAGGGUUGUGGGUUUGUUUCCCACAGGGGGCCAGUAUGAAAAAUGUAUGCACUCACUAACUGUGAGUUGCUCUGGAUAAAAGCGUCUGCUGAAUGACUAAAAUGUAAUGUAAAUGUAAAUAGACCAUUUAAUCUGCAUCCUCAGAGACAGACAGCUCAAUUAUAUUAGAACUCUCUCUAGUAUCAUUAUAUUAGACCUCUAGUAUCAUUAUAUUAGACCUCUAGUAUCAUUAUAUUAGACCUCUAGUAUCAUUAUAUUAGACCUCUAGUAUCAUUAUAUUAGACCUCUAGUGUCAUUAUAUUAGACCUCUAGUAUCAUUAUAUUAGACCUCUCUUUGGUGUCACUUAUCUGACAUUUCAUUCAGUUGUUAGUUUGUUCAUUCAUUCAUUCUGUCUUUUCUCCAAUUUACAGAGACGACAGAACCGAGCCCAUGUUUCAAAUUGAAAUAAUCUAAAGCCAGAGAUGAUUGCAUUUAAAUCCCUUCUGGAUCUCUCGAUUAUUGGGAGUUUCCCUGGGAUAUUCACCAGAGAAAAUCAUUACUGAAAUUGAACAGUGGCAGGCUUUAUCCCGACCGACCGACUGCACUACACUGUAAAGGUGCCGAGAGUCUGUCUGCGUCCCAAAUGAAACCAUAUACCAUAUAGCGCACUACAUUUGAACAGCGGCGGUAGUGCACUAUAUAGGGAGUAGGGGGAAGACAACAUAAUUUUAAAUACCCAGGUAUUCCAUACCAACUGCUCCCUAGACAACGAUUAUACACCAAUUGCAUUAUGGAACGAUAUAUUAAUUCUGGAAUUGUGUAAUCGUCAAGCCUAGCCAUAAAAACCCACUUAGUUCUCCGGCUCGUGUUCACACCACUAGCUCUAGUUUGAAAUGUGAAAUGCCACAGCUUGGCAAGGUUCUGUGUCUGUGUAAGUUCUCAUUCCCCUAGCUCGGCUGGUUGACUGGUAUCUGUGACAGUAGUGUCUGUCUGAGGGUCAGGCUAUGUAUCGAGCCGGUUUGUCUGAGCUCUGCCAAGAUCACACACACACACACACACACACACACACACACACACACACAGACACACACACACACAGACACACACACACAGAUCUGCAGGCAUUAGUCUGUAAACAGCUGAGGGUUGAUCCCUGUUUAGCGUUAGAUGACAUUUACUAUGAUGCUGCUGCCUGGUUCUCCUGUACAGUCUGGGCCGCAUCCUGAGUUGGCUGCCUGUGUUCCCCCUGUCCCACCGCAGUUUUUCCGCUGUCACAAACUAGGCCACUGUUCAAUCAUAACCAGUUAGAAAGUCCUUCUGAUGGCAUUGUGAAAUAACUUUAACUACAGCUGUUCAAACAGUAAACAUUGUCCCAGUGAUUACAUUACCCCAAAUAUGUAUUCUCCCAGCUGCACAAUUAGUGCCAUUUUGACUAAAUGUUUUUUGUCCUAUCCUGUCCUGAACAAGCACAGUCGGCAGUAUAUCUAGACGAUUGUGGGCCAGAAAAUGCUCUCAGCUGGCAAGCAAAGUUUGGACUGAAUUGUAGACUUUGAUGUAGUGACGUUUUUUCACUCCUUAAUAUUUGUGUCCACAGACAUCAUCUGCACAAAUCAGUGGAUCACCCUGCGUUGGGAGGCAUAGCAGCCCUGAGGGAGGACCCUGGUACAGCACUGGACCACAGACGGUUUGAGUGGGAGCCGGCCGCCAAUUCAGUGUGUAAAACAACUCCAGUCUUUGGCUCCGUCCUUUCUACCGGCACCGUAAGUGUUCCUCGGGACUCUGAGCCUUUACUAAUGUUUCUCCCAGUGGUUUAGUUUGAUUAAAUCUAUUAAGGUAAAACCUCCUGCUUCCUUGUCUGAAGCCCAACGUUCAGGUAACACAUUUACAUAUAGAAUAUCAGAUUGUUUAAAAGCUGGAACUCAAAUCCUCUCUCAAGAUCAAACUAUUUUACAAACAACCUUCAUCAGAUAUACUGUGAAACAUUUCCAAAUCUGUCAUGGGUUUUACCAAAAGCCCUUUUUUUCCUAUCAACAUCUUCUUUAAUCAAAGUCUUUGGGAAUAUAGUCUUUCCAAUUCCUUCGAGGGGAAGAUAUUAAAUCACUUUUGAAUCCAACUUAUUUUACAUGGCCUGUCCGAAUCAUGUUGCUUUCUGACAUAUUUUUUUUUAUGAACUCCUCAUUUAGCAGUAAUGUCAUCUGUUCUUGUUUUUCUGUUUUAUCUAACACCAUUAAAUAAUCACAAGCUUAGCAGAAACAGCACCCGGGGAAAUUGCUGGUGGUAGGCAGCUAAUGAUAAUGUGCAGAGGAUGCAGUCAAGCUGUUUUGUGAAAAGCUAAUGGGCAAAGAAUGAGUUGAAAUUAUCAGCACAAUGACCGCUGGUAGGAUUACAACACAUACUGUAGCAGUUUAUUUUGUCUUCAAAUUCAGCUGUAUUUCUUGAGCUCAACCAUUUAAGCACUAGUUUUUUUCAUCAAAACAAUACUUUUUAUCGACUGUUUAUGGAUUGCUAUUGGCCCUACAUUGUAGCAGUGUUAGAGACUUAAGUGAUAGUGAUCAUUCAGAUAUUUCAGAUCUAAAAUAGUUGCAAGACUUAGCAAUGUUGCAACAACUUACUUCUGAAAGUGGCGUUUCCUAGUUUCUUUAUUACUAGAAAUGUAUUUGAUUUUAAACACAGCUCAGCCCCGUUCGUUCGUUGACUCAUUGUCUCAUGCUCACUGAGGCGUGAGAUACAUUUAAUUUCUCUCCAGUGAUCAUAAAAUGAUGCUAAUUACGCCCCAGAUGUUUUUCAUCACAGACCACAGGGUUGGUAAUUGAAAUGCAAUAAACUAUAGGCCAACGUUGACGCAUGCUUUGUAUUCUAAACCCAAACCUUUUUUUCUGAGAGGAUUAUCUACAAUUGGUUACCUACGUGGCAAUAUUACUACUUUUUUCACUUUGUGUUAAUUUUCAAGGGUUUUAAUUAAAUUAACCGUCAAUGAUUAGUAGAUUAGUCCUAAUCUUAAUACGGAUAUGGUAGUAAUAUUUUAAAAACUCAUUCAUUCUGGGGUAUGUUUGAUAUUUCCUCCCAAUCAAAGCAACCCACAAAGGGAAAGGUGGGUAUGAACAGAACAAACACUGAUUAACUCCCAGGUAGUUUGAAUACCGAAUAUGCGGCAGAUAUUAAAACGGGUUCUCAACUGCAACAUAUCUCAAAUGGACUUAACAAAAUGGUGUGUGUGUGUGUGUGUGUGUGUGUGUGUUUAGGGGUGCUUUCAGUGCAACAGGUGGUUACUUUGAGUAACUAGUGUUCUGAUUGCCAACAGAAGAACACUGACUAUUAAUUGAAUCGAUUCAAGAAUAUUCGUCAGUGGCCUGUGAUGGGCGGUUUUGUUUUAAUGUUUUCCCCGGGGUUUUCAGUCUUAGUUGUGGUCUGAUGUUGCAGCCUGGGGAUGGAUUAUCUGAAAAAGACUUAGAGAGGGCGGAGUUUAAUCAAUAUACUAUGAGUGAUUUGCAAUAGAUAGGUAAAGAGAGAUUAUAAUCUGUUUGGAAGGAAGGAAUUUGGUUUAGCCAAUAAUUUGCUAUCUCUUAGUUCUCUUCAGCAGGAAAAACAUGUAUAUUAUUCCUGUAUAGUCCUUAGGGGCAGGGGUUUCAGAGUAAAACUAAUUCACAUACUUUAGUAAAAAUAGAAAUAAACUAGUUUACAAAACUGGUAUGAAUACCUAUUCUAAAGUACAUUAAGUUUGGCCUCACAGACGUGUAACGUGUAUUCGAGAUUGACUACACAAUAAAAGCUUGUUAUGGGCUUCUAGCCCCGAGAAAACUUUUUAACAAUCUCAAUUCUGGGAAGAAAAGGAACAUGCCAAUAACAGUAACUGGCUCUGGGUUUGAAGAGAGGGUUAUUGUCUUUUUCUUGCAAUUUACGACUCUAAUGAUGCACUUAUGUUGCCCGCUCUUCCCUUUUCUUACACCUUACCUACUUAAGGAGGAAAUCUUGAUUGGUAAGUCGAUGCUAUCUGCAGACUUAGGGAUUUACUGUACCUAGGGUUCGCUGCAGGCUAAUUAUUUUCUUCUUGCAGGGAAAAAAAAAGCACAAUCUGUCCUAUUCUGAGGCUUUCUAAGUUAGACUGAUGGGAUAUCUCUGUCUGCAAUCCUUUUCAUUUCUACAUAAUACCCAUUUUGUGAUGUUUGAUCAAUGUUCUUUAAAACAGGCUUUGUAAUGGGGCUAUUGUUAUAUUCUUCCCUCUCUGUCUCACUCGACUUAGCUAAAGCCGUUGGUAGUUUUUACUCACACAUUAGUAACUCUUCUUUAUUUUCUGUUAUUUUGUUCUUCCUUUCAUAUGUUUGUUUUAGUUAAGUUAAUAAAAAAAGAAAAAAAUGUGGUUCAGUUUAGAUUUCUUUACAAGUUAUUCGCAUGACACAAAUGUGCAUGACGUCUUUAAUCUUUUCAAGUUCUCUGUCCCUCCCCUCCCCCCCAAAAUAAAUAAAUAUAUUCUCUGUGUUUUGAAGGGAAAUACGUGCCUUUGUAGAGUAUUCCCAAUGCAUCAUACAGGUAGUUGCUUAUUGAACUAAACAAAGAAGAAGAAAAAACAUAUCUGGAAGUAAAGCAACAUCCUCUUUCUGUUUGUCUUGCAGUCAAAUCUUGGCGGUGAGGUUUUAAACACAACAGUGAUUCUCCGUCACACUCUGACCAAUCAGAGCAAAGGGCCAAAGGAUUACGAUUCCGGGAAUGACACGUCUUCCCCACCAUCGACCAAAACCGGCAUUUCACAGUCAAACGUCAUCGGCGACAAAAAGGUCCUAUGUCAAGCGUCGGCUUCACCGGAGAAACUGAAGUUUAGGGACGGAGACAACGCGUCUGACUCUGGGAACUCGAUGACCAGCUAUGCUUCCCUGUGUAAACCUCUGCAUGUGGAUGGUGGUUUGUCUACUCCUAUUUUCAAUGGGAACGGCAAGAGGUGAGCUUCCUAUCCUUGAAGAAUAUUUUACUAUAGAUGAUGAAAAGUGCUACUUGAAGUCAAGGACAAGAAAUGUUCCUUGAUUUACUUUUCCCUCAAAAUGUAAGCCAUACAUAAGUGUAAGGAGGACAUUUCCAUAUUUUCACAAUUGCAGCAGACAUUGAUAAAACGUUGGUGUAAUUCCACUCUUAUCAUUGCAGUGAGCCGGUGACAACCUCAGGAUGGGGGGCCAAGGUGGAGAGACCUCAGAAGACUGCCUCCAUCUCUCAGUUGAGGACGGUGGCCUCUUCACGUAAGAGGACUAAAGACAAGUCCCUACAGCAGCAGCAGCAGCAGAAGCAGGAGUAGAUCGUCUGGGAGCUCCAUACACUCUGGACGCUACUCUCGAAGCCGAUCACUGUCAACUGCCAGGUUGGUUUCAUUUAGGUUCUAAUGUAUUUCCCUGACACCUCCAGCAGCCACUUGAAAUAAUGUGGGCUUCGCUGAGCUCCGUUGAAGUAAAUGUGUUGUGCUUUGUCUUAAGGUCAUACUCCCGUUCACCGAGCUACUCAGCUGGUUUGAGAAGGAAACGAAGUGAAGACAGUGGGAGGUCCAGAGGAAGAUACUCCAGAUUAAGCGAAGACAGGUAAAAAAAAAGCUUUGCCCAUCUACUCUUGCUCAGCUAAUGACUUCUGGUACUACUACUAGCAUAACGAUAGCAGAAUGUGCUAGUAUGGUGGGUUUAAAAUAUAUCCAAAUUAUAGAAUUGCUAAUGAGAGAUGCCUUACGGUAUGUCUUUUGCCAUCUGACAUUGGUAGUGUCCGAGAGAGGAAGAGGGACCCCAGCUCCUGUGAGAAGGAUGUGAAACACAGCAGUCGGAGGCAUAGACGUAGGUCCUACUCUCCCAUGAGGAAAAGGAGGAGAGAUUCACCCAGUCACCUGGAAGCCAGGAGGAUAACCAGGUCUGCUAUUCUCUUUUCAGCUGAUACACUUUCACACAUUUGUGACAGGCAUGCUUUUAUUCUUACAUGUAACUAUUUUAUUUUACUUGGUAUAAAGGUCUCUAUAAAAGUCUCUCUUCUUUUAAUCAUGGACAAUGGCCCCCAGUUUGCCUCAGAGACGUUUGUCGGACUGGGCUGUAAAAGGAAGGCAAUAAACCUGAUGAAUUGUCUACUAGUCUAAACAAGCUGCAAUGGAUAAAGCGAGACAGCUACAGUGCAUUCGGAAAGUAUUCAGACCCCUUGACUUUUUCCACAUUUUGUUACUUUACAGCCUUAUUCUAAAAUUGAUUAAAUUGUUUUUUCCCCCCUCAUUAAUAUACACACAAUACCCCAUAAUGACAAAGAAAAACAUGUUUUUUAGAAAUAUUUGUUAAUUUAUAAAAAUUAAGAAAUGGAAAUAUCACAUUUACAUAAGUAUUCAGAAACUUUACUCAGUACUUUGUUGAAGCACAUUUUGCAGCAAUUACAGCCUUGAGUCUUCUUGGGUAUGACGCUACAAGCUUGGCACACCUGUAUUUGGGGAGUUUCUCCCAUUCUUCUCUGCAGAUCCUCUCAAGCUCUGUCAGGUUGGAUGGGGAGCGUCGCUGCACAGCUAUUUUCAGGUCUCUCCAGAGAUGUUCGAUCAGGUUCAAGUCCGGGCUCUGGCUGGGCCACUCAAGGUCAUUCAAAGACUUGUCCCGAAGCCACUCCUGCGUUGCCUUGGCUGUGUGCUUAGGGUCGUUGUCCUGUUGGAAGGUGAACCUUCACCCCCAGUCUGAGGUCCUGAGCGCUCUGCAGCGGGUUUUCAUCAAGAAUCUCGCUGUACUUUGCUCCGUUCAUCUUUCCCUCGAUCCUGACUAGUCUCCCAGUCCCUGCCGGUGAAAAACAUCCCCACAGCAUGAUGCUGCCACCACCAUGCUUCACCGUAGGGAUGGUGCCAGGUUUCCUCCAGAUGUGACGCUUGGCAUUUAGGCCAAAGAGUUCGAUCUUGGUUUCAUCAGACCAGAGAAUCUUGUUUCUCAUGGUAUGAGAGUCCUUUAGGUGCCUUUUGGCAAACUCCAAGUUGGCUGUCAUGUGCCUUUUACUGAGGAGUGGCUUACGUCUGGCCAUCCAACCAUAAAGGCCUGAUUGGUGGAGUGCUGCAGAGAUGGUUGUCCUUCUGGAAGGUUCUCCCAUCUCCACAGAGGAACUAUGGAGCUCUGUCAGCGUGACUAUCGGGUUCUUGGUCACCUCCCUGCUCCGUUUGACUGGGCGGCCAGCUCUAGGAAGAGUCUUGGUGGUUCCAAACUCCUUUCAUUUAAGAAUGAUGGAAGCCACUGUGUUCUUGGGGACCUUCAAUGCUGCAGAAUCUUUUUGGUACCCUUCCCCAGAUCUGUGCCUCGACACAAUCCUGUCUCGGAGCUCUAAGGACAAUUCCUUUGACCUCAUGGCUUGGUUUUUGCUCAGACAUGCACUGUCAACUGUGGGACCUUAUAUAGACAGGUGUGUGCCUUUCCAAAUCAUGUUCAAUCAAUUGAAUUGACCACAGGUGGACUCCAAUCAAGUUGUAAAAAUAUCUCAAGGAUGAUCAAUGGAAACAGGAUGCACCUGAGCUCAAUUUCGUGUCUCAUUGCAAAGGGUCUGAAUACUUAUGUAAAUAAGGUAUCUCAGUUUUUUAACGUUUUUAUACAUUUGCAAACAUUUCUAAAAACCUGUUUUUGCUUUAUCAUUACGGGGUAUUGUGUGUAGAUUGAUAAGGAAAAUGUUUUAUUUAAUCCAUUUUAGAAUAAGGCUGUAAUGUAACAAAAUGUGGAAAAAGUCAAGGGGUCUGAAUACUUUCAUAAUGCACUGUAAAUGAAACAGUUGUGCUCAUGAUUAUGCAUUGAAAUGUUCACAGCGUAAUGUUGUUUCAAGGUCUGACAGCUAUAUCUAAAAUAAGUUUCUAGCGUAAUGUUGUUUCAAGGUGUGACAGUUAUAUCUAAAAGAAUUUUCUAGCGUAAUGUUGUUUCAAGGUGUGACAGCUAUAUCUAAAAUAAUUUUCUAGCGUAAUGUUGUUUCAAGGUGUGACAGCUAUAUCUAAAAUAAGUUUCUAGCGUAAUGUUGUUUCAAGGUGUGACAGCUAUAUCUAAAAUAAGUUUCUAGCGUAAUGUUGUUUCAAGGUGUGACAGCUAUAUCUAAAAGAAGUUUCUAGCAUAAUGUUGUUUCAAGGUGUGACAGCUAUAUCUAAAAGUAGUUUCUCCUGACCUGAACACAAGCUAAAAUCAAUUUCUGAAGAAAGUGUAACAUAACAUUCCAGGCAUGAUUACUUAGACAGGUUUUCAAUCAAUGUGGGGUUCACCUUGUAUGUUAAGAACAAGCUAUGAUUUCAUGACAAUAUCCAAUUUACAAUGUCCAUGAGAGGAACGUGGCUAGCACCUCCGAUUCAGCAUAAACUUUCAGAAUGAAACCGCAAUGCAUGUUUUCCAAAAGCUGCAGUUGAUUGAAUUGGAACCUUCUUUUCUUAUUCUUGACGUGUUUAGUCCAAUACCUCUCAUGCUAACCAUCUCUCUGAUUCGCCACAGUGCCAGGAAGAGACCCAUCCCCUACUUCCGGCCCAGUCCUUCGUCCAGCAGUCGCUCUACCAGCGUAUCCUCUUGGAGCAGCCUCUUCACAAGGAGCCGUAGCCCCAGUCCUGGCCUCUGCCUCAGUCGAUCCAGGAGUAGGAGUAGGAGCCGAGGAAGAAGUAGGAGUAGGAGUUACUCCUCCUACAGGAUCUACAGUCGCAGCUCGUCUUGGAACUCCAUCUUUGGGAGUCGGAGUCGGAGCCGGAGUCGGAGCUAUGACUCGUUGGACGGUUACAGCAAGAACAAGAACCGGCGCUGA